AUGGUCCGCAAAAACGGAAACAGACACAAAAACACCAAAGACCAGAGCCAACCCCCAGCCAUUGUCGCUAGAUUCGACGAACACUUCGGCGCAGGGGACCUCCAAGACUGGCAGCGUCUCUGUUCCGACAUCUUCCGCGAGAACGAGCUCAAAAGCUUUGACCUGUGCAGCAAGACUAAAUGCCGAAAGCUCUUAAAAACCGUCUUCAUCAACAUCCAAGACCUUGUCGACUGCAUUGAGAAAAACCUCACUGGGGAACACCCCAAGGUGUACCCGCAGCGUUUCGCCAGCCUCAACCAACUCGUCAAAUACACCAUGAAGGAGGGAAAAGUCUACCCCAAGAAAUGGGUCAAGAAUGGGCUGGGACCUGUCAAGGCUUUGAUGAGGGACAUAUUAAGAGGGUGA